CUCGUCCACACGUCUCUCUUCUCAUUUUUUCCCCUUAAAAUAAAGCUUCGUUCUAAUCUUUCACAGCGAAGAAAAUUUUUAGCCAAAUUUAUUCAAAUAACACUUUCCGCUCACAUGGCUUCCAACAACAACAACAACGUUAAAAUCCAUGAACACACCAAAGUUUUUCCUCCAUCAUCAACUCAAAAAACAACAACCCCUCUUACUUACUUUGACAUAUUUUGGCUAAGGUUCCAUCCAGUAGAACGUGUUUUCUUCUACGCCCUCCCAAAUUCACAUUCACACCCUUCUUUCUUCUUCAAGAAGCUUGUUCCAAUUCUCAAAUCUUCACUCUCUUUAACCCUCAAGGACUUUCUCCCUUUAGCUGGUAACAUCGUUUGGCCUUUAGAAUCUCAAGAACCAAUAAUCCAAUAUACUCCAAAUGAUGGAGUUUCCUUGAUCAUUGCAGAGUCCGAUGUAGAUUUCAAUCAUGUCAUUGAAAAUUCACCCCACGAUGCUUCUUUGUCUCGUUGUUUUGUACCACAUUUAGAAUCGACAAAUUCUUUUGCUUCUAUUAUCUCAGUUCAGAUAACCCUUUUUCCAGAAAGUGGUUUUUCCAUUGGAAUAAGCACUCAUCAUGCUGCUCUUGAUGGAAAAUCCUCAACCAUGUUCAUCAAAGCUUGGGCAUAUCUAUGCAACAAAACUAUUGAAACAGAAGAACUGCCAACUUUGUUGCCAGAGUUAAAACCUCUAUUAGACAGGGAAAUCAUCAAAGACAAUGGACUUGGUGAUAAGUUCACAAAAAACUGGACGGAGAUAAUAACCAUGAUGUUCCCAAAUGAAAAAGGAAAUGAAAGAAGCUUGAAGAUUUUACCUUUUGAACCAAAACUCGAAGACUAUGUUCGUUCUACAUUCAAGCUCACACGUGAAGAUUUGAAUAAGAUAAAGCAAAUGGUAUUAUCAAAAUGGGAAUUAUUGGACACGAAUGAAUUAACUUCUAAGCCACCAACUUUAUCAUCUUUUGUUCUCACUUGUGCUUACUCGCUUGUUUGUUUGGCAAAAGCAAUUCAUGGAGUUGAAAAGGAGAAAGAGAAGUUUGGGUUUGCAUUCACCGUAGAUUGCAGAGCAAGGUUAGAGCCACCACUACCAAAUAACUAUUUUGGAAACUGCGUAUGGGGACAUUUAGUUGAUACAAAACCAUUGGAUUACAUAAACGAAGAUGGGGUGUUUUUAGUUGCUAAGUGUAUUCAUGAAAAAAUAAAGAUGAUAAAUGAAAAGGGUGUUCUUGAUGGAGUUAGUGAUAUGUUUGAUAAAUUCGCUUCUUUAGCAAGUGAAAAACUUGAAAUGAUGGGAGUUGCCGGGUCUAAUAGAUUUGGUGUUUAUGAGAUUGAUUUUGGUUGGGGAAGACCAACAAAGGUGGAGAUAGUUUCUGCGGAUAGAGGUUUAACCAUUGCUUUGGCGGAGAGCAAAGAUGGUAAAGGUGGAAUUGAAGUUGGGCUUGUUCUUAAUAACCAUGUAAUGAAUCUCUUUAGAACUUUGUUUGUUGAAGGACUUUGCAUUAAUUGAUUGUGGAGAACAUGCGCAACUAUAGAGAUUAGCCUCUACGGAUAUAACCAGUUGUUAACACGCCUUAAAUUUUUUGGAUUUGUACUUCAAAUAAAAAAGAUAGAGUUUUUUUUCUUGAAA